UCAAUCAAAACCAUUUCAAAAGACAUAGUAAAAUAAUAAUUUUUUAUAAUAUAAAUGGUGUCGAGGCAGAGGGGCAUUUUCAUGGUGGGAAAUGCAAUGAUGCUGUUGGUGGCACUAGCUAUAGUGUUGAUCUUGUUGUUGAAAGUGAUAUACAAAAUCAUAUGGAUCCCUUUAAAAGUGGAACAUGAGUUGAAGAAACAAGGCAUAGACGGACCAGGUUACAGCCCAAUUUUGAACAACACAGCAAAGAUUAGAAGAUUGAUGAUAACAGAAGCUGAAUCAAAGUCCAGUUGUUUCACUCAUAAUCAUGAAAUAGUAGUUUCCCGUGUAAUGCCACACUAUUAUAAUUGGUCAACGCUUUAUGGCAAGAAUUUUCUUUACUGGUUUGGUUCUAAACCUAGGGUUGCAAUUGCUGAUCCAAAUCUCAUAAAGGAGAUAUUGGUCAACACCACUUCCUUUGAGAAAAUCAAACAUAACCCUUUGUCAAAGCUCCUGCUUGGAGAUGGGCUUGUUGGGUUAGAUGGUCACAAAUGGGCUAUUCACAGAAGGAUCAGCAACCACGCCUUUAACAUGGAGAUAGUAAAGGGUUGGAUUUCUGAGAUGGUUGAUAGCACAACAAAGUUGUUGAACAAGUGGGAAGACAUAACUAGUGCAAGAGACCAGUUUGAGAUCGAUGUACACAAAGAAUUUCACAAACUUUCAGCAGACAUCAUUUCUAGGACCGCUUUUGGAAGUAGUUUUGAGGAGGGAAAGCAUAUUUUUGAAUUACAAGACCAGCAAGUGAGCCUUGUUUUAGAGGCCAUACGAAGUGUCUAUAUUCCUGGAUUCAGAUUUUUACCCACCAAGAAGAACAGAUUGAGGAAAAGACUGGAGAAGGAAACUAGAGAUGCAAUUAGAAUGUUGUUAAACAAUUGCAGCAUAACAGCAAACAAUUCAAAAAGCUUGCUUUCUUUGUUAAUGCAUCCAAUCAAGAAUCAGGAUGACAAACAGGAAAAACUGGAUAUAGAGGAGGUUAUUGAUGAAUGCAAGACGUUCUACUUUGCAGGAAAGGAGACAACUGCUAAUUUUCUGACAUGGGCUUUUCUUCUGUUGGCAUUGCAUCAAGAAUGGCAGAGCAAGGCUCGGAAAGAAGUUGUUCGUGCUUGCAGAAAUGGGAUUCCUACUGCAGAGAAUAUAGCUGAUCUCAAGAUUGUGAGCAUGAUAUUGAAUGAAACACUUCGACUUUACCCGCCAGCUGUGAUGUUGAUGAGGCAAGCAUCAAAGAAUGUCAAGUUAGGAAACCUUGACAUACCAGUGAAUACACAGUUCUAUUUGGCCAUGACUGCUGUCCAUCACGACAAGGAGAUCUGGGGAGAUGAUGCCCAUGAAUUCAACCCGUUGAGAUUUGCUGAGUCACGGAAACAUUUAGCCUCAUUUUUCCCAUUUGGAUUAGGCCCCAGAAUCUGUGUGGGCCAAAACUUAGCUCUUGUUGAGGCUAAAGUAGUCCUGUCAAUGAUCAUUCAGCAAUAUUCUUUUUGCAUUUCCCCAUCAUAUGUUCAUGCUCCGACUCAGGCUAUGACAUUACAACCUCAAUAUGGUGCUCAAAUACUCUUUAGCAAGAUUUCUUGAUUGAAUAUUUGCUGGAGAGAUGCUCAGGCUUGUCUCUUAAUAAAUCUUUGCCACAGAGUAACUCGUGCUCACUGACUCUUUAUGAGCACUAUAAACGAUAACAGUCAACAAAGGAAGUAGUAAUAUGUACUGAAGCACUCUUUAUUAGGAGGGAGCUUCAAAAAUGUAUUGCUGAGACCUUGAGUGAAAUAUUUGUAGUGGAUGUAUAUAGUUUUUAUCGACUCGUAUAGUCGGUUUUUGUACUUGGUAAAUUAUAAGUAUGGUAUGACAGUCAACUAUUAUUUGCCCUUUUAUUUGAUUGAUCAAUUAGUCUUGGUAUGA